AUUCUGAAGGAGACGUGUCUCACAGGAAGCGCGUCUCGUUACGUUGAGGAAACAGACGCCAUUGUUGCUCAAAGACCGCAAAUAGCGCCGAUCAGAACAAGAUGAUUUGAGCCAACAUGGCGCCCUAAGCGAUAGAGUUUCAUGACACUUCGAGAAGUAAUGGUGCAUACAGACGAGCACAAUCACAGGUAGCCGACCCUAAGCACGGUGGUUGAGAGAUCGGAAGGAUGGCGCGGGUGGUGUUUCUCCAUCCAGACCUCGGCAUCGGCGGAGCAGAGAGACUGGUGGUAGAUGCCGCUGUCGCUCUGAAGAGUCAGGGAUGUAGUGUACAGAUUUGGACGGCCCAUUACGACCCGGCACACUGCUUCUCGGAGACCCUGGACCCAGAGCUGCCUGUAGUGUGUGUGGGUGACUGGCUGCCUACCAGUGUGUUUGGUUACCUGCAUGCUCUGUGUGCCUACCUGAGGAUGAUCUAUGUGGCCCUCUACCUGGUCUUCCUCAGCGGGGUGGAGUACGACGUCGUCUUCUGCGACCAGGUGUCAGUGUGUAUCCCGGUGCUGCGGUUGUCCCGUCUCAGGAAGAAGGUUUUGUUUUACUGUCACUUUCCAGACCAGCUACUGACUCAGAGGAAGUCAACCCUGAAGAAGCUUUACCGCGCUCCCAUUGACUGGCUGGAGGAACGCACCACUGGCAUGGCUGAUAUGAUUCUGGUAAACAGCCAGUUCACCGCAGGCAUCUUCGCAGAGACUUUUCGUGCUCUAAGAGGAGUCCAGACAGAUGUCCUCUAUCCGUCCCUCAACACGCGUACCUUUGACCAGCAGUCCAGUGAAGCACAAGGCCUGGAAGGGCUGCUCCCCGAGGGAACCUCGUGCCUAUUUCUCUCUCUGAACCGAUACGAGAGGAAGAAGAAUCUGGGGCUGGCUCUGGAGGCUCUUGCAUCCCUGAAGAGAAGCCUUCCUCCAGGCCAGAGUGCAGGUAUCCACCUGGUGGUGGCGGGGGGCUACGAUGACAGAGUUACUGAGAACGUUCAACAUUAUGCCGAGCUGAGAGAGCUCGCAGCACAGCUCAACUUGGAAGACUUUGUCACUUUCCUGCGCUCCCCCUCUGAUUCACUGAAGGUGGCACUGCUGCGGGGCAGCGCAGCUGUGCUGUACACCCCGAGCAGAGAGCAUUUUGGAAUCGUUCCCGUCGAGUCCAUGUAUUGCCGCUGCCCCGUUAUCGCAGUGAACUCUGGGGGCCCCCUGGAGAGCGUGGCAGACGGCGAGACGGGCUUCCUGUGCGAGCCCACGGCGGAGGCCUUCUCUGAGGCCAUGGAGAGGCUCGUGAGGGAGCCGCAGCUCCGCAGGGACAUGGGACAAGCCGGGAGAAGGAGGGUUCAAGAUAAAUUCUCUCUCCAGGCCUUCUCAAACCAGCUGCACGGGUACAUCGUCAGGCUGAGCCAGUGAUGUGAACGAACAUCGAAUUGGGAAUCGUCUGUUGAUGAGAAGGGUCUUCAGUGCGGUGAAGAGGAUGUCUCCUUGAAGAGAAUGUGUGUGUGU